CAUCACAUCCCCUAAUACAGCAGGGAUCUCUUCACUAUAGAUCUAGACACCGUGUUAGUGUUAGGGUCGAGUCUCCCUCCUUUUGGUUGUUUUACUCGGAUAAGGAGUGAUCCACAGUCCCCCAAGCAGGCAGGAUGGGGAACCGGGGAAUGGAGGAUCUGAUCCCGCUGGUGAACCGGAUGCAGGAUGCGUUCGCAGCCAUCGGACAGAAUGCGAACUUGGACCUGCCGCAGAUCGCAGUGGUGGGCGGCCAGAGCGCCGGGAAGAGCUCCGUGCUGGAGAACUUCGUCGGGAAGGACUUCCUUCCCCGCGGUUCUGGCAUCGUCACACGCCGCCCCCUGGUCCUGCAGCUCAUCAACUCCCCCACAGAGUUUGCAGAGUUUUUGCACUGUAAGGGGAAAAAGUUUACAGAUUUUGAUGAAGUGCGGCAGGAGAUCGAGGCAGAGACGGAUCGUGUCACUGGGCAGAAUAAAGGCAUUUCUCCAGUCCCUAUUAACCUGCGUGUCUACUCCCCUAAUGUACUGAACCUGACUCUGGUGGAUUUGCCGGGAAUGACCAAAGUGCCGGUCGGCGACCAGCCUGCGGACAUCGAGCACCAAAUCAAAGACAUGCUUAUGCAAUUUGUUACAAAGGAAAACUGCCUGCUGCUGGCUGUAUCUCCCGCGAACUCCGACCUCGCCAACUCCGAUGCUCUGAAGGUUGCCAAAGAAGUGGAUCCUCAAGGUCUGCGCACGAUCGGUGUGAUCACCAAACUGGAUCUGAUGGAUGAAGGAACGGACGCUCGAGAUAUUCUGGAAAACAAGCUGUUACCACUGCGCCGAGGCUACAUCGGUGUAGUGAACCGCAGUCAGAAAGACAUCGAUGGGAAGAAGGACAUCACUGCUGCUAUGGCUGCUGAGAGGAAGUUCUUCCUGUCACACCCUGCAUACAGACACCUGGCAGACCGUAUGGGAACACCGUACCUGCAGAAAGUGCUCAACCAGCAACUGACCAAUCAUAUCCGAGAUACAUUACCAGGACUGCGCAGUAAGCUCCAGAGCCAGCUGCUGUCCAUCGAGAAAGAGGUGGAGGAGUACAAGAACUUUCGCCCGGAUGACCCGUCUCGCAAGACCAAGGCCUUGUUACAGAUGGUGCAGCAGUUCUCUGUGGAUUUUGAGAAGCGUAUCGAAGGCUCGGGUGAUCAGAUCGAGACCUAUGAGCUCUCAGGAGGAGCGAGGAUCAACCGCAUCUUCCACGAACGCUUCCCUUUCGAACUGGUCAAGAUGGAGUUUGACGAAAAGGAGCUUCGCAAGGAGAUCAGCUACGCCAUCAAGAACAUUCACGGCAUCAGAACUGGGCUCUUCACCCCGGAUAUGGCCUUUGAGACCAUUGUGAAAAGGCAGAUCGCGAAGAAUAAAGGGCCUUGCCAGAAAUGUGUGGACAUGGUCAUUUCUGAGCUAGUCAGUACCGUUAGGCAGUGUACGAAGAAGCUGGCCCAGUACCCCAUGCUGCGAGAGGAAAUGGAAAGAAUCGUCACUCAGCACAUUCGUGAUCGUGAGAGUCGCACCAAGGAUCAGGUGAUGUUGCUUAUUGACAUCGAGCUGGCUUACAUGAACACCAACCAUGAAGAUUUCAUCGGAUUUGCCAAUGCGCAGCAGAGAAGCAGCCAAAUGAACAAGAAGAAGGCCGCAGGCAACCAGGAUGAGAUCAUGGUCAUCAGGAAGGGCUGGCUGACAAUCAAUAACAUCGGCAUCAUGAAAGGUGGCGCUAAGGAAUACUGGUUCGUGUUGACAGCCGAAUCGCUCUCCUGGUAUAAGGAUGACGAGGAGAAAGAGAAGAAGUACAUGCUGCAGGUGGACAACCUGAAGCUGAGAGACGUGGAGAAGAGUUUUAUGUCCAGCAAGCACAUCUUUGCCCUGUUCAACACUGAGCAGAGGAAUGUGUAUAAAGACUAUCGUCAGCUGGAGUUGGCCUGUGAGAGUCAGGAGGAAGUGGAUGGCUGGAAGGCCUCGUUCCUCAGAGCUGGUGUUUAUCCAGAGCGUGUGAUAGAAAAGGACAAGAGUGAUGCGAGCGAGGAGAACGGCUCGGACGGCUUCAUGCACUCCAUGGACCCCCAGCUGGAGAGGCAGGUGGAGACCAUCCGCAACCUGGUGGACUCCUACAUGGGCAUUGUCAACAAGACCAUCCGUGAUCUCAUGCCCAAGACCAUCAUGCACCUCAUGAUCAACAACACGAAGGAGUUUAUUAAUGCCGAGUUGUUGGCUCAGCUUUAUUCCUGCGGUGAUCAGAACACUUUGAUGGAAGAGUCAGCUGAGCAGGCUCAGCAUCGGGACGAGAUGCUGCGCAUGUACCAUGCACUCAGAGAAGCCCUCAGCAUCAUCGGAGAUAUCAGCACCACCACGGUGUCCACAGCUCUGCCUCCACCUGUCGACGACUCAUGGCUACAGGUGCAGCGCAUUGGCUCUGGGGGAAGGUCUCCAGCUACCAGCCCCACCCCUCAGAGACGAGCUCCUCCUCCAGGACCUCCAGGCCGCCCUGGUUCUCGUGGCUCCGCCCCAGGCCCUCCUGCUGCUGGUGGACCUCCUUUGCCAUCUCGCCCUGGGGUGUCUCCGGACCCGUUUGGAGGCCCGCCGCCUCAGGUGCCCUCACGACCUAACCGGGCCCCGCCCAGUGUGCCCAGCCGGCAGAGCAGGGGCAGCCCUUCACACCCCGAGAGCCCUCUUCCUUCAUCUGACUCCUAACUACCCCGUCCCUUUUCUACUCCUCCUCCUUUUACUUCAUUUUCUCUUGAAUUGUACUUUUUUCUUCUUUCUUAUCUUCCCCCUACAUUUCUUUUUCCUUUCUUGCU